AUGUAUCUCUCUUACUUUCUAUUAUGCCUAUAUAUCGUGCAUGCUUUGGCAAAUGUUGAAAAGACAAUUUUCGUGGCCCCACCAGCUAUCUCCAUUCCUACGGCUCAUCCUAACCUGGAUGAUCUCUCAUUAAUCCCGUUGUCACCCUUACAUCUCUCCGUUAGGACACGGUUGAAUGCCUCCUUCCCUACCGAUGAUGCUGCCAACGGCAGUGAGCACUGGUUGCUCCUUGACGGUCUAUCUCCUGGUGCACGUUAUGAGGUAAGGAUAUGUUGGCUGGCCACGCAACCAACAGCGUUCUCACUAGACACUUUCACACUCCAAAACGUUUUCGACAAUCCUCCUUUAAUCGGCUCGUUGAGUGCAUACGCCUAUGCUCGUCAUGCGGAGAUAGAUGACCUCGAGCACCAGAAACUCGUGGCCCGUCGAGCAAAACAGUCACCUGGCUUGUCCACAUCAACAGAGGACCGAGCUUCGAUUCUGUUCCUACGUAUCUUCGCAGCUGCUGACUAUUAUACUCUCGACAAGAGCCUUAUGGAAAAUGUUCCGCCUGUUCUUGUAGACAUCAUUCUUGAUCCUUACAUCCUAAACAUCUUCCCCAAAUCUCUACUUCCUACUGCGGGGUAUAUCAUAGUGGUUGCUGUUUUGGGCUGGUUCCUCUCCGGAUACGUUUGGCAGCUAGUGCUGAAGCUCGUCAUUUCUGCAGAAGAUGGGAAAAGCAAGCAAGAUAGGCAGCCUAAAACCAAGACAUCUUAA